AUGUUCAUGCGCUUCCGCGGCGGUGGUAUCGGUCACAUGGCAAUCGCUGAAGUCACUGAACGCCUACUGCAGGAAAGUCAUGAAGACAUGCAAGAUAACCUGGAGGGUCAUCCGACAGACAAGCCCUCGAUUCCUGAUGCUUUGCGCCCGGCCCGGGGUAGAGAUCAAGAGUACGCUGAUGUGCGCCACUCGGAGGUAGUACUCGGAAAUCCUCCAAACACGCUGACCGUGGGGAUGCUGUGCCAGGAGGGUCCCAAUAAUAUACAGGCCGAGGAAGCAGACUACGGAUAUAUUGACAAUGAUGCCGAAGACAUAGAUGAUGGGGGUGAGAUUGGGACUGACGACGAAGAUGCUUUGGGUCCUGAAGAUGGGGAAGACGAUGGUGAUUCUGUUACGACCAUCCAAAGGGCCGCAAGUAUCUUGGAAGGACCUCACGCGAAUGGUCCGAUCUUCCCAGUCCUCGGAUGCCGAACAACAGGCUCGCCAUCUUAUUAUUCUCCGCCCCCUAGAGGAGACCAGUGUAUAGCGGGAGACGCAGGGCUGCUUUACCUCCGAGUCGCCAGGAAAUCCAACUCUUGCGCAUAUGAGACUUUGUCAUUCCAAUAA